UUCCCGGCUUCUCCCGGAAUCCCAGGCGCUCCGGGGACGGGGACACAGCGACCGCAGCCAUGGGAUCGCAGCUGGAAGGGGCCAUGGAGACCCUGAUCAAUGUCUUCCACCACUACUCGGGCAAGGAGGGGGACAAGUACAAGCUGAGCAAGAAGGAGCUCAAGGAGCUGCUGCAGAGCGAGCUGGGAUGUUUCCUGGAGACCCAGAAGGACGCGGGGGCCGUGGAGAAGAUCAUGCAGGACCUGGAUGAGAACGGCGACGGGGAGGUGGAUUUCCAGGAAUUCGUGGUCCUGGUGGCCGCCCUGACCGUGGCCUGCAACACCUUCUUCUGGGAGAACGCCUGACCCCCUCCCCUGCUGCCGCAGCAGGACGUGGGUUCCCAAAAUCCAGAGCCCCCCCGCCAGCCCCCAGCUCACCCCCUCCGCUUCCCAGCAUUCCCAGGGGAUCCCGCCGGGAUCCAGCUCCACAAUAAAAGCACCGAUCCAGCCCGA